CACUAGACGUUUUUCAACACUGCAUACGACGUUGAGGUCGCACAAUAAACAAUUCAAUUUACAAUUCAUUUUCAAAAAAUAUGGCAGACUCAGAUCUAAGCAAGAGCAUUGAGAUAAUAACCAAAACUGAGGAGCUAGCCGAUAAGAUAUUGGCCAAUAAACAUGAGUUAACCAUAAUGGAUAAAAGACGGCAACAGACACGGGAGGCUCUGCGAAUCAUGAUGCAGAAGUCCCAGGAUCAGGACGAGAAAGUGUGGAUAACCUUGGGUAGCAUGUUGAUUAAAAUGCCCAGGAAUAAAGCCAUAGAGCUACUAAAAAAGGAUCAGCAACAAAUAGAACAGCAAAUCAAUUUAAUUUACUCAGAGCAAAAGAUUUUGGUCAAUAAACAUCGUGAUAUGGAAUUUAAAUCGCCAUUUUCGGGCACAAACCUAAAACCAUUGGACCAAAAAGAGUUUGCGGCACUGAAAAGCAAUUUGCCUCUGUUGUGAAAUUAAUUGUAGAAUUUACAUUAUUUGUACUAUUAUUUGUAAUAUUUACAUUAAAUCCUAACUGUUGUUGUA